AUGCUCGCAUCAUCCUCACGUGCUGCAGCCAAUAUCCGCUGGGUUGAUACAUCCCAUAAUGCUAUUGCCUUUGAUAUGCACAAGUGCAUCAAUUGCCAAGCUUGUGUCCGUGCAUGCAAGAAUGUCGCCGGCCAAUCCGUCCUCAAAUCUGUCAAGAUUAAUGAAGGAAAGAAGAAGGGUGUAGUCCAAACAGUUACAGGCAAAUUACUUGCUGAGACAAACUGCAUCGGCUGUGGCCAAUGUACACUUGUUUGCCCAACACAGGCCAUCCAUGAAAAGGAUGCCCUCAAACAGAUGAACAACAUUUUCAAGAACAAGGGUGACCGUAUCCUUGUCUGCCAGAUUGCUCCAGCCAUCCGUAUCAACAUGGCCGAAGGCCUUGGUGUUCCAGUCGGAACAGUUUCCACAGGCAAAGUCGUUACAGCCCUCAAGCGUCUCGGUUUCGACUACGUUUUCGAUACAAACUUCGGUGCCGAUCUUACAAUCGUCGAAGAAGCCACAGAACUCCUCCAACGUCUCAACGAUCCAAAGGCCGUUCUUCCAAUGUUCACAUCUUGCUGCCCUGCUUGGGUCAAUUACGUUGAAAAGUCAUAUCCACAAUGGAUGCCACAUCUUUCAACAUGCCGUUCUCCAAUUGGUAUGCUUUCUGCUGUCAUCAAGAACGUCUUCCCUAAGCACAUCGGUGUUGAUCCAAAGAGAAUCUUCUCUGUUGGUAUUAUGCCAUGCACAGCCAAGAAGGAUGAAGCCGCUCGUGAGCAGCUCAUGACAAAGUCUGGCCUUCACGAGACAGAUCUUGAUAUUACAUCUCGCGAACUCGCCAAGAUGAUCAAGGCCGCUAAGAUCAACUUCAAGGAACUCCCAGACACAGAACUUGACUCACCAUACGCUAUGGCUACAGGUGGUGGUGCUAUCUUCUGCGCUACAGGUGGUGUUAUGGAAGCUGCCGUCAGAUCCGCUUACAAAUUCGCUACAGGAAAGGAACUCGCUCCAAUUGAGUUCGUCCAAGUCCGUGGCGCUGAGAAGGGCAUCAAGGUUGGCACAGUCGACAUCAAUGGUCGUGAGAUUAAGGUUGCUGUCGCCCAGGGUGUCAAGAAUGCUAUGAGCCUUAUCAAGAAGAUCGAAGAAGGCCAGGAUGAUGUCAAGGGUGUCGUCUUCUGCGAAGUUAUGGCUUGCCCAGGUGGCUGUGUUGGUGGUGGUGGUUCACCACGUGCUAAGACAAAAGCCGCGAUGAACAAGCGUCUUGAUGCUACAUACAGAAUUGACAGAGCUUCCAAGUACAGAACACCACAAGAUAAUACACAACUCCAGGAUCUUUACAACGCUUACUUGGGUGGUAAGUUUGGUCAUGGAUUAGCUCAUGAAUACUUCCACACCCACUUCAAGCCACAGCCAAUCGGCGCUAAGAAGAACUAA